AGGAAAGCAACAUUUACACGAAGUGAAGGCGUAUUCGCAUCAUUUAAUGUUGAUGGGCGGUGAUUAGCUAAACAACAAGCGAGACUUUCCAUCAACGCCUGGCAGCCUGCAGUACGAUAAGGCCCCAUGAAAUGCCGGAAUUGAUCAGUGUACCAGAAUUUCUGCACGAAGCAUGGGACGACUUCAACUCUCCGACGACGUCGUCGUUUGUCCACAAGAUGGGGCAGUGUCGACACACUGUUGCCAGUCUGGAGGAGACUCUGGACAUGGACCGAAGUGGUGUGACAAAAAUGAAAAAGAGUGUCAAGGCCUUGUACAACUCCGGAAUCACUCAUGUUGGUAACGAAGAAUAUCUGGCAGAAAACUUGGAGAAGUUGGGUGCGACUAGAGAUCAAGAGACAGAACUGGAGAAAGCUUUCCUCAAGUUCUCCAUUGUUACAAAAGAUCUGUCUCAGCUGAUGAGAAGCUUGAUGCAAAGUCUCAACAACAUUGUUUUGUUUCCACUGGAUGCAUUCCUUAAAGGCGAUCUCAAGGGAAUUAAAGGGGAUCUCAAAAAACCUUUUGACAAAGCUUGGAAAGAUUACGAUGCAAAAUUCUCAAAGAUAGAAAAAGAGAAGAAACAGCAGGCAAAAGAAGUUGGUAUGGUGAGAACAGAAGUUUCUGGGAAUGAGAUUGCAGAAGAGAUGGAAAAGGAGAGACGCAUGUUCCAACUACAGAUGUGUGAGUAUUUAAUCAAAGUGAAUGAGAUCAAGACCAAGAAGGGAGCAGAUUUGCUACAGCACUUAGUGGAGUACUACAAAGCUCAAACCAACUUUUUUCAAGAUGGCAUAAAGACUAUUGACCAUUACAAUAGUUACGUGGAGGAUUUGGUGUCCAAGCUUCAGGUCAUUAAACAGAGGCAGGAUCAGGAGAGGCGGAAGCUGAUUGAACUGCGGGAAGCCCUCAAGAGCACUCUCACCACAUAUAAAGAGAUUUUAGACCAUGGACGGCCUACAGUAGCACAGAACAGCUCAUCUCAGUACAACCUCCAUCAGCUGCAAGGAAACAAAGCCCAUGGCUGUGAGAAGCAGGGCUAUCUGCUGAAGAAGAGCGAAGGGCGCAUGAGGAAGGUUUGGCAGAGGAGGAGAUGCUCUAUCAAAGCUGGCUUCAUGUCCAUUAGUCACUCAGAUGAGAGUAAAGAUCCAGUCAGACUGAAUCUCCUCACAUGCCAGGUCAAGCUGGUUCCAGAGGACCAGGGCAAAAAAUGUUUUGAUUUAGUAUCCAGUCUGAAAAACAGAACAUACCAUUUUCAAGGAGAAGAUCUGAAAGACAUGGAGGAGUGGAUAUCAGUAUUAAACAAUGCCAAAGAAGAGGUUUUAAUGAAAGCCUUCCAGGACAGCUCCAACUCUCCCUCCAUGAACCAGAGCGUCCGAGAGCUGACCACAAGUAUUAAGGAGAGGAUUAAACGACUGCCAGGAAACCGGUUCUGCUGUGAUUGUGGGGCACCAGACCCAGAGUGGCUGUCAACAAACCUUGGUGUGUUGGUGUGUUUAGAGUGUGUUGGGAUCCACCGGGAGAUGGGAGUUCACAUAUCACGCACACAGAGCAUGGUCAUAGACGAACUCUCCACAUCACAGUUAUUGCUUGCCCGUGUUGUGGGGAACACUGGUUUUAAUGACAUCAUGGAGGCGACCUUGCAUCCUUCACAGAAACCUGAUGUAAACAGUCCCAUGGAACAGAAGCGUAAUUUUAUCAAAGCUAAGUAUGAGGGCCACAAGUAUGCAAUUAUAACAUGUACCUACAAAGAGGAUCUGAAGCAGGACUUACAACAGGCUAUUCAGUACAGAGACGUGUUUGCUCUGCUGCAGGUGUACGCUGAGGGCAUCGACCUCACCACAACACUACACAAUAUGCCAAACGAGGAGACAGCGCUUCACCUGGCAGUGUCUCAGGAACAGGAUGGUACCGCGCUGCACAUGGUCGACUUCAUCAUACAGAACUCUAACAUUCUGGACAAAUGCACACGUGAUGGGAACACUGCACUACACCUGUGCGCAGCGCUCAACCGCACAGAAUGCAUGAAGCUUUUGCUGCGCAGCAAGCCCGAGAUGGUUACCAUAGAGAAUAAGGAGGGGAAAACUGCGCUGGACAUCGCCAAUGAGAACAACCAUGAGCUCUGCUCUGAACUGCUGAGAUCGGCUCUGGCUGGGAAGAAGGAGGCAUUUGAAUGUGUCAACAUUGAUUGGGAACUCAUUCCGGAUGACCAUAUGUAUGACCAUGUAGACUACAGCGAUGAUGACUUGGAGGGGACCCCUGAUAAGAAAUCUCGUUCCCGCCCCCCAAGCCUCAUCAACUUCCCCACAGACAUGCCUCCACACCUUGCCAAGGAACUGGGUCAGCGGGAAAAGACCGGGGACCAGGACGCUAAGCUGCCUCCUCCACCACCCCCAGCAUCCAACAAACCAAAGAAAUAUGUUACGAUCCCUGGUUAUUACCGCGACAAAUCUCGCACUUCGGCCAGUUUUCUCGCUGUUCCUGGACUGAACGCUCCGGCUAAUGGAGGAACAACCAAUCAGACGCACUCUGCCAAUCACCAUGCCAACAAUCUAACCAAUCACGUGCACUCCCUGGGUCAAGGUCACGUUGGGUCAGGUCAGGUUUCUGGGCCCCCCUUGCCUCCCAGAGUAAAGGCUCCGAAGAAAGCCCCUGCCCCCAAACCCCCAGGUCACAUGAGGAACUUGUCAGAGCCAAAUGCAGCGUUCCUCUUGUCUCACAAACGCACGCCCUCUGACCCGCCUCCACGCCCCUCUAAACCUGACCCCAGUCAUCGGAACACUGUGCUGCUACCACCUGGUGCUAAGUUUGUGCUUCCUCCACGACCAGAGUUUCCUCUUCACCAUGUAGACAGUGGAAGUGGAAAGCCCAGCAUAGCCCCGCGAUAUCAGAGGACGCAGUCCAUGGGGGAAAAAGAUGCUACAUGUAUACGACGGCCGAUAUUACGAGACUCACAGAGUUCCAGUGAAGGUUCUCCCCCGGAGAGUCACUUCCCACCUGUACCCCAGCCCAGGGCUAAGAAAAAACCUGGGCGCAGAAGAUGCAGAGCGUUGUACCACUGCACAGCAGACAAUGAAGAUGAGCUGUCGUUUCAAGAAGGGGAGAUAAUUGUGAUUAUUCGUGAAGAAGAGGAGGAUUGGUGGGAGGGCGAGAUUGAAGGAGACCCCAACCGCCGUGGCCUGUUUCCUGUUAGCUUUGUGCACAUUCUCAAUGACUGACCUCAGUGGUCUUUAGCUACAAAUUGUUGUAUGUUCGUUCAUUGGAUAGUUUAAAUUUGUUAGCUUGUUUCCCAUUGGCUAUGGAGAUUUUAUACCAAAAGCAUGUGAUGU